UCUCUCAGCGCCAGAGACCGAUUGAGGAGAACAAAAUCCACCCGUUCCAUCCGCAGAAUCCACCAACCUUCUUUCACCUCAGAGCCCUUCGAUCCCAGCCUCGCCAGAUCCCAGGCCAUGGCAGCCGCUACUCAAGCCAUGCGCCGCUCCCAUGAUCGGUCGUCGAUGGACCACAGACGCUCUUACGAUAAAUUGGGUGGUCCUGAGAACGUGGCUGUUCCUUCACGACGUCGACCAACGGAGACUGCACCUUCGAUGGACGAGUCCUCGCUGCAACUAUCGAUGGGAUGCUAUAUGGAGAACCAGGAUACCUACCCCGCCGCUCUGCCGCCAAUCAAUGAAUUUGGGGGACUUGAUGGACGCAUGGCAAGUCAGCCGUCAUCGUAUCGGAAGCUGAGGAAGGCCAAAUCAAUGUUCUCUACAAGGCAGCGAGCGUCUCAGUUGCCUUAUGGUGGGAUUUCUUCGGAGCGAUACAGCAGUCCGGUUGCUAGUCAGGAAGGUUCGACGGACACUGCUCGUCCUUACGGUACGCUGCGACGCUCGAUGUCAUUUCUGAAGGGCGGGAGCCAGCGGACUCGAUCAAUUCGACAUGCGAAGAGUCAAGAUGUUGCGAUUCAAUUGGCCCGAACGCAGUUCGCUCAGGACCGCAAGCCGUCUUUGACCACGCUGAGGCCUAGGAAAGAGCAGAAGCCAUUUAGAAAGAGUUUCCGUGCCCCUAGUGAGCCUUUCACCGAAACCAACGGUACGCCAGUGAGCGAACUGUCUAAGAACGACGGCGCUGUCCACGGCAAGGCACGGUCCCUUUCUUCGUCCAUCAAAAAAGGAUUGAAGCGUGUUUUAGGACUGUCGAAGCCUGCUGAGGAGCCAAGUCCGGCACCAGAAUCACCUGUUGUUCAAAAUCAAUGGGGCUAUCCGCCUUCUUCGACUCCGUCAAGCGCCAACCAAGAAUACGUACGUGACAGCGACUUUUCUUACUUUGACAGUCCCGAGGAAAGAUUUGUCAGUCCUGCCCGGCCACCUACUCUGCGUAGUAGCCACAGCUCUGAAAGUCUUGCCACGUCUCGAUCGCGUGUUACCAGCUGGGCUGACUCGACCGUUCCGAACACUGUCACGACUAAGAGGGCUGGCGACAUGCAUCCAUUGUCGAUCAUUGACGAGAACGGGACUCCGACCCCCGGUGGCACGUCUCGAGCGGGUUCUCCCAGACCCAACACAUCUGUCGAAGGUCAGCGAUUGUACUCUGCAUUAAUGAAACACAUUGGCAGAACCCAGGCGGAAGACCCUGACGAACAGAUCGUGCUUGGCCGUGUGAAGGAACAUCGUCCAGUUCCAGAGCGCACUUCGUCCCUCCGCAAAUGCCAUAGCAAGCAGACCAUUCGCCAGAUUCCUAGCGACGAAUCAAUGCAUUCUCCGUUGUCAUUUGCCACGGCCAAUGGUGGUGCAAUCACUCCUCAGCGACAGAGGCCACGCCAACCCAAGCGUCAUGUCCAAUAUGGAUCGAGAUACUCUCACAGCAAGGAAUAUGAUCGACCUGAAGACACUUCGAGCGUGCACAGGCAGCCUCUGGGCUCUCUCUAUGAGGCUGGAGAAGAUUCCGACGGCUCUGGAAGCGUUAUUGUCGAUCGGUCAAAGAACGUCGGUGCAGACUCUCCUAGUAUAUAUUCCCGCACGACGAGUGGAGACUCACCUACAAGGAACGACCAGGCCGCUGGCCGUGUUGUCGAAGCAAAAGAGGAACCAGGAAUGGCGAUGGUAUACGAGAGUCAAAGAACCGUGUACAGAUCUCCAAAACGCGCAUCUCGUUCUGGAUCUACUGCAACCGUGCAGCCGAGUGCUGACUGGCAGACGUGGAUGAACUCGCAGAUUGCGAGGAUCGAACAUACCCCAACGCGAGAACACUACCGGGAGGACGCACAGAUUCACGACGAUGGUGAAACCGAUGAAAUCAAUACUCUCACAUCGGGUAUGGGUAGCGGCAGCGACACGGUGAAACGAUUCAAUCCUACCAUUAACCUUAGCGACACUGGCGAGUUCUCGAUCAACAUGAACGCUCCUGCAACAAACAAUUUCUCUCGGCCGUUUAGUCGAUCUUCAAGUGUCCGCAGUGUAACAAAACCCCAGAAUCACUAUGCUGCGGACCACAGAGAUCUGGAACGUGGAUCCUCGCUGUCGUUAAGGGCCAGUAGCCGACACCAGACCCCCGAGUCUCCCACUCCGAAAAGAAACACGACAGAAUCACCGCAGAAAAUGGCCACAAGGCAGUAUCGUCGUUACCAGACUUCCCGGGUACCGAUGGGUCGCGAUGCCAAAUCAGUACCCUUCCGAUCCAUUCGUGACCAACGAGGUUACGGACCGGUGACAGACGAAAAUCAUUCCCCUAUCUCCUCCAAGAAAAUGGUCGAUAGCUUUUUGGACAGUCGCCGGCGACCGAUUGAAAUAGAGAUGCCGGGCGAUGAUAGUACGGGGGCGUUUAUUUGA